CUAGAGUGUCCCCGGUUUACUGUACGCUCUAGCCCAGCUGGUGUAACAUAGACACUUUACUCAUUUAGAUUUUGACUGGUUUUAACAUUUGUAAACACAUGAUAUUAAUGGACAAUCAUGUCUGAAGAGGAAAAUAAGGUUUCCGAUGAACUUUUCAAAGAUGUCAAAUUCUACGUGGUAGGGGACAUUGACCAAAAGGUGGUGCAGCUGCUGAAAGCAGGGAAAGGGAAGGAGGUGUCCUACAAUGCUCUGGCCACUCACAUAAUUGCAGAGGAUGGAGACAACCCCGAGGUGGGCGAGUCAAGAGAAGUUUUUGACCUGCCUGUUGUCAAGCCAUCCUGGGUUAUCCUCUCAGUCAGAUGUGGAGACCUGCUACCAGUGACCGGAUUCUCCCCAGAGUCAGGACAGAUAUUCUUUGGUGUGACCGCUUGUCUUCCCAGGCUUCCAGAUGAUCUUAAUGGUUUGUGGGCUUACAUAACAUUUUAUGGAGGGGAAUGCCAGCUCAACCUCAACAAGAAGGUCACUCACUUGGUGGUGAAGGAGCCAAAGGGGACCAAGUUUGAGUGUGCCCUGAAACACCCUGGAAUCAAGAUUGUCACUGUGGACUGGAUAACAGAUUCUGUUAAAGACAAGAGCAGGAAGGAUGAGGCCCUCUAUCACCCCAGACUCACGUACGUGGAACCUGAGGAAGAAGAGGAAAGCGAAGCAGAGUCAUAUGAUCAACACUCCCAUUCAGAUGGAAGCUACAGCCCCCGGCGAUACCGGAUGUCCAGUGGCGGUUCGUCUGGUGAUGAGUCCAGUCCCCGCAGACGACCAGGACCCAAAAAACUGAACUCUGUCUCCCCGACCUCCCCCCGCAAACUUGAACGCCGUAGCGAGCGCAUGUUCGAUGACUCCGACGAUGAUUCCUCCACAGAGAAGGAGGGCACUAACCUCAACUGGACGCCGGCUGAAGUCGCCACACCAAUGCCCCACAUUCCGACGGGCACAGCUAGAAGGCGUGGCGUCCCGCCUAGCAGCAAAGACCCAGUGUCAUCUACAGGCAGUGGGCUGAUCAACCUGUGUGCCACUGUGCCUCCUGUACCCGGUGGUGGAGGAGCCAUGCCUGCAGAGGCUCGCUCUGCUGCUGCUGCUGCCAUCAGUCACACCACACAGCAAGGUCAGUAUGUCAUUAGAGUUUUUCUCUGUCACCAUCUUUCGUCUCAGAUUAUAUCAGUGACAGGUUUUGUGGAUGCUGACAGGGAUGACCUGAAGUUGAUGGCCUACCUGGCAGGUGCCAGAUACACCGGAUACCUGUGUCGCAGUAACACUGUCCUCAUCUGUAAAGAACCAAGUGGGCUUAAAUAUGAGAAAGCCAAGGAGUGGAAGAUCCCAUGUGUGAAUGCCCAGUGGCUGUGUGACAUACUGCUGGGCAACUUUGAAGCACUGAGACAGAUCCAGCACAGCAGAUACUCCAUCUACACACAGCCUGAACCACUUGUGCCUAACCCACAGCUGGUCCAGAACCUGCUGGCUGCCUGGAGAACGCCGAUCAAGGUAUCUCCUGAAGGGUUGGCGAGUCUCCAGCUGCUCCAGAAGCAGAAAAUGACUGAUUCCACCAAUCAGCCUGCAAACAAGAAGGCCAGACUGGAGGAGAUCCAGUCCCCCAGUAAGAAGCUUCCUCCAGAGUCCACUCCUCGAGUCUUGUUCACAGGCUUUGAGCCCACACAAGUGCAACAGUACACAAAGAGGCUACAUGCUUUAGGUGGUGAAGUAGCAGACAGCAGUCAGAAAGUCACUCACCUGGUUGCCAGCAAGGUGACUCGCACCGUCAAAUUCCUCACUGCCAUGUCUGUGGUCAAACACAUUAUCAGCCCAGAGUGGCUGGAGGAGAGCUGGAGGAGCCAGAAGUUUGUGGAUGAGCAGAGUUACACUCUGAGGGAUGCAGAGGCCGAGGUGUUGUUUGGCUUCAGUCUUGAGGAGUCAUUAAAGAGAGCCCACAGUGCACCACUCUUCAAGGGGAAGUACUUUUAUCUCACCCCAGGGAUCUGCCCCAGCCUCAGCACCAUGAAGUCCAUUCUGGAGAGCGCCGGAGGAAAGCUGCUGGCCAAACAGCCCUCCUACAGAAAGAUCAUGGAGCAUAAACAGAACAAGAACCUUCCAGAGAUCAUUUUAAUUUCCUGCGACAAUGACCUCCAUCUCUGUAGAGAAUACUUCUUGAAGAACAUUGAUGUUCACAACGCUGAGUUCAUCCUGACCGGGGUUUUAACCCAGAAGCUCAACUACGACUCGUAUAAGUUCACUUGAUGGUGAAGCAACGAUGACGAGAAGAAGAGGAGGAGGAGGAUCUCCUGUGUACAGUCCAGCCACAUUGACUUUUCUAUGUUUUUAUUUCUGUGCAUAGAUCUCCAGUCAUUUUGUAGCUUUUUGUUACCUGUUUGAGAAUAAAUAAAUAAAUAAAUGGAUGUUAUUUUUGUGAAAUGAAUGUUUAAAUUAUGGAGGAUUUUAAACUUGUUCCUGUUGUUUAAAUAGAAUGUGUAAAGGCUUGAGCUCAUACAUGCUGCUUUUUGGAAUAAAAACUACAUUUGUUUGUGAAAAA